AUAUGUUAAAUCAAUAACACAAAAUUGCUGAGAAGCCUGAGAAUUACCGUACAAAUCAACAGGUAAAAUAGAAAGCGAGAGUUACUCCUUCAAGCGCAAAACCACCCCAGAACUGCAAAAUACAGCAAACGAAUCGCCAUGGAAGGACCUUCUUCCUCCUCCCGCAAGCGCCCUUUCAUCGAUGAAGAUGACGAUUCCAACAAAAACAAGCAAAAGAGAGUGAGAUUUCCGAAAAAGAAGAAGCUGAAGACAGGAGAAGCGCCUGAGCCGGUGGCAGUGAAGGAUGAGGCUGAAGUGGCCGGGCCGGUUGAUCUUUCAGACCCUCGUACUGCUGCGAAAGAGCGAGCGAAGCGCCGUGGUCAGAUGACUACUCAACUCUUCACUGAAGAUGGUGAGGUUGAGGUUGAGGUGGCUCACAUUUCUGCUGCUGAAGUUCAAUAUCAGGAGAAUGAAUCUUUUGUCGAUGAUGGUGUCCAAUUGGAGCCUUUUAAUUUGGAAAGAGAACGAGAAGAAGGUUACUUCGAUGAAGCGGGGAAUUUUGUGGAAUAUGUACCGGAAAAGGAAGAGAAGGAUGCAUGGCUUGAUAGCCUCGAAGUGUACCCAAAGCUUGCUAAUAAAGUCUCCACUGUUCCAAAUAGCGAUGAUGAAGAGCAAGAGAUGUCUGCUGAUGACACUGGAAAGAUGAAGCGCCGUAUAGCCGAUGUUCUUGAGCCUGGCGAAACGGUUUUACAAGCACUAAAGAGACUUAAAGGUUCAACUGACAAGAGAGUGAAGAUGCCUGCAGAAAAAAAGGUUGUUUUUGACCAACUCACUGAAGAUGCCAUGAGGCUGAUGGAAAACGGCGAUUACAAUGUGUAUCAUGAAGAACGAGAGGUGUUUGUGCGCGAGGCAGAAGGAUACGAGGCCCUUGCUCGAGCAAGAAAUAAUGAUGUAUCAGGAAUUGAGGAUGAUGGACUUGACAUGUUUGCUGAUGAAGACAAUAAUGUGGCUGCAAACUCCGAACCGAAUAAUGACACCUCUACCCCUAGUGUAGGCACAAGUACUCAGCUGGCUGUGGAAAAUGGAAGCCAAGAUUCAGGAAGUACUUGGGCUGGGCAAAGUGAUUAUGUAUAUGAUGAAGCAUCUGGAUACUAUUACAGUAGCAGCCUAGGAUACUACUAUGAUCCCUCUACCGCAUUGUUUUGCUCUGCAUCAUCAGGACAAUGGUACAAAUACAAUGAGGCUACUGGCACUUACGACGAAGUUCAGUCUGAGACUGAAGCACCAUCAGUGGCUAGCUGAUGACCUCGAUUUUGCUUUGGUGGUUGGAACAACAAACCAUUGUGGCUCAUCAUACCCUUGAAGUUGAUUGUAGGCUUUGUAGCCUUACAGGUACAUGUACAAAUGAAAAAGCUGUCUUAUAUGUGGAAGUUGAACCAAAGAAUCAGAUGUUGAGUUGCUACUUCUCUGGUUAGUUUCACGUGAAGUAGAGUUUAGAGUAGGAUACUAUUUAUUUUGACAAGAUGUAUAUUAUUCUGUUUCAGCUCUUAUGAUCAUUUGUCAAACACCACUUUUAUCCUGUACUAUCACUUA